AUGGCAGUGUCAAGUAAUUCGAAAGGUCACUCCGACGGAGAGGUGUCAGAUCGGUCGCCCUCCGAGUCUCCCGAAAUCGACGACACUGAUCAAAUUGACGCCCACAAGAGCCGGCCCUCAAAAAGAAGACGGGUUUCGCUCUCGUCUUCAGACGACUCAGAUACCGCCGCUCGCCCUCCUAUUGCACCGCUAUCGACUGUUUCAAGAAUCAGGAAGAAGACAGAUGUGCAAUCGCAGCCCAAGCCACAAGCCGAAGAGGAGCCCGUAACCAGCACAGAUGCCCGUGAGAUUGGCCUGCAGGUGUCCGACUCGACUUUUGCGACCCUCAAUGUCGCUCCCUGGCUGGUUAAAUCGCUGUCUACCAUGGCAAUUCGCCGGCCGACAGCUAUCCAGCGAUCAUGUAUCCCCGAGGUUCUGAAAGGAAAAGACUGCAUUGGUGGCAGUCGCACGGGUUCCGGAAAAACGGUCGCCUUUGCGGUGCCAAUUCUGCAGCAAUGGGCAGACGACCCAUUCGGAGUAUUUGCUGUUAUUCUUACCCCUACUCGCGAGCUUGCGCUUCAAAUUUUUGAACAAAUCAAGGCAAUCUCGGCCCCGCAGAGCCUGAAGCCGGUGCUCAUCACCGGCGGAACCGAUAUGCGCCCUCAGGCGAUUGCGCUCUCCCAGCGGCCACACGUCGUUAUUGCCACGCCUGGCCGUCUAGCAGAUCACAUUCGCACAUCGGGAGAAGACACGAUAGUCGGACUGAAACGCGUCCGCAUGGUGGUGAUGGAUGAAGCCGAUAGACUCCUGACCAGUGGAAACGGGAGCAUGCUACCCGACGUCGAAGUAUGCUUGUCUGCGCUGCCACCCUCGAGUGAACGGCAAACGCUCCUUUUUACGGCCACUGUCACCCCCGAAGUACGCUCUCUGAAGGAUAUGCCGCGACCGGCCAACCGGCCUCCAAUCUUCGUCACUGAGAUCGGGACCGAGAACCACGUACCUAUACCCCCGACUCUGAAACAAACAUAUCUCCAAGUGCCCAUGACGCACCGGGAAGCUUUCUUGCAUGUCCUCCUCUCGACCGAGCGCAAUUCCACCAAACCGGCCAUUAUCUUUUGCAACCGCACCAAAACAGCAGAUCUCCUUGAACGCAUGCUCCGCCGUCUCUCUCACCGAGUCACUUCUCUACACAGCCUGCUCGCUCAGUCGGAGCGGACGGCGAACUUAUCCCGCUUCCGAGCCAGCGCAGCGCGACUACUUGUUGCCACGGACGUAGCCUCGCGUGGUCUCGAUAUCCCCAACGUCAGUCUAGUUAUUAAUUUCGAUGUACCUCGCAAUCCGGACGACUACGUCCAUCGUGUUGGUCGUACGGCCCGUGCCGGCCGGGAGGGUGAGUCGGUCACUCUAGUUGGCCAACGAGACGUCAAUCUCGUCCUAGCGAUUGAGAAGAGAGUGGGAAGGCAGAUGGUGAAAUGGGAGGAAGAAGGUGUCAGCAUUGAGGGGAGAAUCGUCAGAGGCCCCAUGCUAAAGGAAGUGGGCGAGGCCAAGCGAGAGGCUACCGGAGAGAUUGAAGAGGGCAGAGACGUGCUUGGUCGGCGCGUGAACAAACUUAAAAAGGUCCGGUGA